AUGGCUCCCAUGAAAAAUUCCCCGAUAGCCGUUGUUGGCCUCCAAUGCCGUUUCCCAGGUGGCGCCGUUUCGCCUGAGAAACUGUGGGAAACCUUGCUAUCAGGUAGCAAUACCUGGUCACAGGUACCGGCGGAUCGGUUCAAUGAGGAGGCUUUCUUCCAUCCGGAUCCUGAUGAUUCGAAUGGCUCCAACAACCAUCGAGGUGGGCACUUCUUGAACGAGGACAUACGAGAUUUCGACAAUGAAUUCUUUAACAUAUCGGCACAGGAAGCUGCGGCGAUGGAUCCGCAGCAGCGGCUCUUGCUGGAAGUUGUGUACGAGGCGCUGGAGAGCGCAGGGCAACAACAACAGAGGAUCCGGGGAUCCGAAACCUCGGUACAUGUAGCCUUGUUUGCCCGAGAUUACGAUCGAAACCUAUACAAGGACCCUAUGAACAUUCCACGAUAUCAGGUUACCGGCACCGGUGACGCAAUAGCGGCAAAUCGAAUCUCCUAUGUCUUUGACUUCACCGGGCCCUCUGUUGCCCUAGACACGGGGUGCUCUGGCGGCUUAGUGGCCGUACACCAGGCCUGUAGCUCUCUCAGGCUAGGAGAAAGCGACAUGGCCAUUGCAGCAGCAGCGAACCUCAUAAUCGGCCCCGAUCAACAAGUUGGCUUGAGUAACCUGCAUAUGCUCAGCGAAGAAGGCAGAUCGUAUCCUUUUGACGACCGGGGAGCCGGAUAUGGAAGGGGAGAAGGCGUUGCUGCACUAGUCCUAAAGCCCUUGGAGAAAGCUAUAGCGGAUCGUGAUCCGAUCCGUGGAGUCAUCUUAGGUAGCGCGGUUAACCAGGACGGACGCACCAUCGAAGGAAUCACUCACCCAAGCACCUCAGCACAGACAGCCCUAGAGAGACGGCUUUAUCAGCAGCUGGAUCUUGACCCUGCGAGCAUAUCUUAUGUGGAAGCUCAUGGUACCGGCACUGCUGCAGGUGAUCGGGUUGAGAUAGACGCAUUGGCCGAAGUCUUCUGCAACGAGUCGAGAACCAAGCCCCUCCAUGUGGGUUCUGUUAAGUCCAACCUAGGUCAUUUGGAGUGCGCGAGCGGACUGGCUGGACUGUUCAAGAGUUUACUCAUUGUUGAGAAGCGCUGCAUCCCACCGAAUGCCGAUUUCAAGAAAGCCAAAGAAGUACUUCGGCUCGAUGAGCGAAAAAUAAUAGUACCAUCAACCCCUCGACCAUGGCCUGAGCUGGGAAACGCAAGAGUCUCUGUCAACAGCUUUGGAUAUGGAGGAACAAAUGCCCAUAUUGUGAUCGAGGGGGGCUCCUCAGUCUAA